AUGAGGAAGACGACGGCAUUAAGGAGGAACACGUUGGCGGAGGCGGAGGAAGGAGACGACAAAGGAAGGAGGCUGCAGGGCCCUUUAUCAAACAAGCUGACUGAUUGGACAAAGUCAACCAAAAAGCAAAUUUUGAUCACUAAAGAGAGAGUAGCGAUGAUGAAUGACGAUAAGAUGAAGGUACCGAUAUUUGAUAGCCAUUAUGAGCAUUGGAGUGAAAUGAUGGAGAACUUGAUGCGUGCAAAACAGUUGGGGCAUUUUUCUUAUGAAUGUCCUUACUCUAAGGAGGCUAAUUAUGCGGGUUUUUAUGAGAAUGAGGAAGUCACGCUUAUGGAUGAUAUACAUAUGGAGGACAGUGUGUUUAUGGCUAACACAACUGUCAAGAACAACGAGGUUUUAGCUUUUGAGCACACAGACAUGAGACCAAAGAUUUAUCUAUUCGGUGACUCCAUCACAGAGGAAUCGUUUUCCGCCGGUGGGUGGGGCGCCGCCCUCGCCCACCACUUCUCUCGAACGGCUGAUGUGGUUUUAAGGGGGUUUAGUGGGUACAACACGAGAUGGGCGAUGAAGGUGUUGGACAAGGUGUUUCCGGCGGAGAUGAACGUCGGUAACGGCCGCGCACCGCUGGCUGUGACGGUGUUCUUUGGAGCUAACGAUGCUUGCCUUCCCGAUAGAUGCUCUGCUUUUCAACACGUGCCUAUUGAUGAAUACAAACAAAAUCUUCACGCCAUUGUCGCCUAUCUCAAGAAUCGAUGGCCUUCAACUCACGUGAUCCUCAUCACUCCUCCUCCAAUUGAUGAAGUUGGACGUCUUCUACACAGAUAUGGUGAGAUUCACUCAGAUCUACCAGAACGGACAAAUGAAGCUGCCCGAAAUUAUGCGAAAGCUUGUGUGACCGUUGCCCAAGAAUGUGGGGCCCCGGUUGUGGAUCUUUGGUCCCGAAUGCACCAAUUUCCUGAUUGGGGCAAAGCUUAUUUGAGGGAUGGUUUGCAUCUUACUUUGGGUGGAAACAAGAUUGUUUUUGAGGAAGUGAUUGGAAAGCUGAAGGAGGUUGGGUUGAGUCUUGAAACUCUUCCAGGUGAUCUACCUUUCACUGAUGCCAUGGAUCCUAAUGAUCCAUUGAAGGUUUUUGAAGAUUAAUUUAUCAAUUUCUUCUUUCGUUUGUAACUCAUAUGUGAUUCACUCAUGUUGUAUUUACAUUCUAAUGUUCACAUUAUUGGUGUUGUUGUUCUUGGAUAUGUUUGCUCAUAUGUGAUUCACUCAUGUUGUAUUUACAUUCUAAUGUUCACAUUAUUGGUGUUGUUGUUCUUGGAUAUGUUUGCAUACCAGGUAUUC